CAUCAUUUUCUUCUCCAGGUAACAACAACCCAAAGGAUAAUUCUUAUUUAAGAUUUCUCUCUCAAAGAAGUUCAAUUCUUUGAUCAAUCCGAUGGAAAAUCCCAAGGCAAAGAUUGGAAAUGGGGUUUUAACUGGUUUCUCCCCAAUUUCAUCUACUCCUGUCUUUUGGAAAUCCCGUAGAAGAUCAGCAGGUAGUAGACAGAACAUGGAAAUAGUUAAGAAGGUAGAUGAAGAAAAGAAAGAAGAAGAUUCAACAAUGGCGGUGGAACUUUCUGAGAAGAGGAAAGCUCUGUUUGAACCGUUAGAACCCAACAUCAACGGUAAACGAUUAUUAUCAUCUAAUAAUAAUUAUGAAAAUCUGCUAAUUCCUCCACCGGAUUUCGAGACCACAUCGUAUCCACGUGGGUGGUUGAUAGGUAAAAAACGCAAGCUUGUGAAUGUUGAUGUUGUAGAAAGCAUGAGGAGAAUCGCUGUUCAAGAAAUGAACAGAAAGGAUAGAGAAAUUGAUGGAUUAAAUGAGCAAUUGGAAGAGGAUGCAAAAUGUGUUGAACACCUUCAAGUUCAGCUGUUGGAGGAGAGAAAUAAGAGGUCUCAUGUAGAAAGAGAGAACGUGAGAUUGCAGAGUCAGAUCGACAUGUUAAUCAGUUUGGUGCAGGAAAAUGACGACGAAGAACCCUAGUUUCUGGAUCUGAUCGAUCU